AUGGAAGCGUUUAUGUUGUCCAGCCGCCAGUUGCGGAGGCCAGCUGGGAACAUUUGCAGGAGCUGCAGCCGUCGACUCAAGCUGCGGGCGACAAGAUCCUACUCAAGCACAAGCACCGCCAGCACAAGCACGUCCCAACCAGACAUCUACGAUGUCGUCUGCGUCGGCGGCGGACCAGCCGGUCUGAGUCUGCUCGCAGCACUCAAGGCGAAUCCCACCACGGCCGGCCUGCGCGUAGCCCUCGUCGAAGCGCAGGACCUGCGGAAACUGCGCUCGUGGCAGCCGCCGCCCGACCGCUUCUCGAACCGCUGCAGCUCGCUGACCCCGUCGUCGGCCAAGUUCCUCGACCGCAUCGGCGCGUGGGCCCACGUCGACCGCGCCCGCGUGCAGCCGUACCACGAGAUGCAGGUCUGGGACGGCGUGUCGGACGCGCGCAUCGAGUUCGACUGGGCGCUGGAUCAGGAUGCGGGACGGGCACCGGCCGGCCGGAAGAUCGCGUACAUGAUCGAGAACCUGAACCUGACCGCGGGACUCCUGCGGCGGAUCGACGAGCUGGGCGGCGUCACGAGCUUCGAGGGCGCCAAGGUCGAGGACAUCACGUUUGGCGGGGAGACGGAUGCGCUUGAUCUGCGCGAGUGGCCCGUCGUGCAGCUGGCUGGCGGGAAGCAGUUGGCGGCACGGCUGCUGGUUGGUGCCGAUGGGGCGAACAGCCCUGUGCGCACCUUCGCGGGCAUCGAUAGCAAGGGCUGGGACUACGAGCGCCACGGCGUCGUCGCGACGUUGGAGCUGGAGGGACACGGCUGGGGCGGAGGAGACGAUUCGAAGAUCGCGUAUCAGAGAUUCCUGCCUACGGGCCCGGUGGCUAUGCUGCCGAUGCCGGGGAAUUACUCUACGCUCGUAUGGUCCACCACGCCUGCCAACGCUGCUCUGCUGAAGAGCCUGCCGGCCAAGGACUUAGUCGCCCUCGUCAACGCCGCUUUCCGGCUCAGCCCGGUCGACCUGCAGUUCAUGCACACCAUGAGCUCCGGCCAAGAAGACGAGGUAUCCUGGCGCCUCCAGCACACGCCCGUCAGCGCGCCACAAGCCACUCCCCAGCCCGUCAUUGGCGUCCAGGACGGCACCGUCGCUUCGUUCCCGCUCAAGUUCCGGCACGCCGACACGUACAUCGGCGAGCGCGUGGCGCUCGUCGGCGACGCCGCGCACACGACGCACCCGCUCGCGGGCCAGGGGCUCAACCAGGGCCAGGGCGACGUCGAGGCGCUGGCCGGCACGAUCGAGUACGCCGUGGCGCAUGGCCAGGAUCUCGGCGCGCGCAUGUCGCUCGAGCCGUACCUCGCCCGGCGCUACGCCGCCAACCACGUCCUCAUGGGCGUCGUCGACAAGCUGCACAAGCUGUAUUCUGUGGAGAGCGGGCCGCUGGUGCCCCUAAGAUCGCUGGGGCUGAGCGCUGUGAAUGCGCUGGCGCCCGUGAAGGGCUUCUUUAUGCGGCAGGCUGCGGGGAGUGGGGGGAAGUUGUUCUGA